UUCAGUCACAUUGGACUGACUACUCCAGCCUUUCUGUCCUACACUUCCACUGAGCAAAAUGGACUGGGAUUAUUUUGGAAUCUCUCGCACUUCAGGAAACACAAGAAAUGAAUCCUCCACAAAUGUCAUCAACAAUCCGGCAGACAUCUCUGUUAUUGUCAUUUACUUUCUGAUUGUUUUGGCUGUGGGAGUUUGGGCUAUGGUCCGUACCAAUCGAUCCACUGUGGGUGGCUUCUUCCUUGCAGGAAGGAGUAUGGUGUGGUGGCCGAUUGGAGCGUCGCUCUUUGCCAGCAACAUUGGCAGCGGCCACUUUGUAGGGAUCGCCGGUACUGGUGCGGCUGCUGGAAUAGCCAUUGGUGGAUUUGAAUGGAACGCUCUUAUUAUUGUCGUCAUUCUAGGAUGGCUCUUUGUGCCAAUCUACAUCAAAGCUGGGAUUGUCACCAUGCCUGAGUACUUGAAGAAGAGGUUCGGAGGACAGCGAAUUCGCAUCUAUCUCUCUGUGCUUUCCCUCUUCCUCUACAUCUUCACAAAAAUCUCUGCAGACAUGUUCUCUGGUGCCAUUUUUAUCCAGCAGGCCCUUAAACUGAAUAUCUAUGUUGCUGUUAUCGCUCUACUGGCAAUCACCGCACUGUACACCGUCACAGGUGGACUGGCGGCAGUGAUAUACACAGACACCUUACAGACCGUCAUUAUGAUUAUUGGAUCCUUCAUUCUCAUGGGUUUUGCUUUCAAUGAAGUGGGGGGCUAUGAAAAUUUCCACGAUCGCUACAUGACUGCAAUUCCCUCAAUCACCGGUAACAUCAGCGAAAAGUGCUACCAGCCUCGGUCUGACUCCUUCCACAUUUUCAGAGAUCCAAUAAAUGGAGACUUGCCUUGGCCUGGCCUGGUGUUUGGACUCACCAUUCAGGCUACCUGGUACUGGUGCACAGAUCAGGUGAUUGUCCAGCGUUGCCUCUCUGCCAAGAAUCUCUCUCAUGUUAAAGGAGGUUGCAUUUUGUGUGGCUACCUGAAGCUGUUGCCAAUGUUUCUCAUGGUGUUUCCCGGAAUGAUAAGCAGGAUCUUGUAUUCUGAUGUGGUGGCAUGUGUGGACCCAGAUGAAUGUAAACGACACUGUGGAGCUAGUGUAGGAUGCACCAACGUUGCCUAUCCCAAACUGGUGUUGGACCUUAUGCCCAAAGGUCUGAGGGGUUUGAUGCUGUCUGUGAUGAUGGCCUCUCUAAUGAGCUCCCUUACCUCAGUUUUUAACAGUGCUAGUACUCUCUUCACCAUGGACAUCUAUACUAAGAUCCGUCGUAAAGCCAAAGAGAGGGAACUCAUGAUUGCUGGCAGGGUGUUUAUCUUGGUCCUGAUUGGAAUAAGCAUAGCCUGGAUCCCUGUGGUGCAGUCAGCCCAGAGUGGUCAACUCUUUGACUACAUCCAGUCAAUCACCAGCUAUCUUACUCCACCUGUGGCUGCCGUCUUCUUGCUCGCCAUCUUUUGCAAAAGAGUUAAUGAAACUGGUGCCUUUUAUGGACUCAUCAUUGGCCUGCCAAUAGGACUAUCCAGGAUGAUCACAGAGUUUGCAUACGGGACAGGGAGUUGCAAUAACCCGAGUAAUUGUCCGGAGAUCAUCUGUGGAGUGCACUACCUCUACUUUGGGAUGAUCCUGUUUCUUGUCUCUUGCAUCAUCAUAGUUGGAGUCUCCCUAAUGACCAAGCCCAUCGAUGACAAGCAUCUGUAUCGAUUGUGCUGGAGUCUGAGGAACCGUACGGAGGAAAGAGUGGACAUUGACCCGGAUAAUUGGGUUAAUGAUGAGGAAGAGGACAACAAAUUUCAACAUGAAGAACCUGAGGAGAAACCAGGCUUCUGCAAGAAAGCACUCAUGUGCUUCUGCGGACUGGAGGAGACAAAAGCACCAAAACUGAGUCCAGAGGAGGAGGCAGAAUUGAAGAAACAGCUCACAGACACAUCAGAGAAGCCUCUCUGGAGGAACAUUGUCAACAUAAACGCCAUCAUUCUCCUGUGUGUGGCUGUGUUCUUUCACGGAUACUUCGGUUAGACAAACCCCAUCAACAUUAAGAAAUCCUGGAUACUGUAAUUUAUAUUGAAGUCACAAGAUUUUACAUGGAUUUAAAUUAUGACCAAACUGUUAGCAGUUAGCCCCAGAAAUAAUAUAUGGCAAUUGUCUAAAAGCUGUAUCAUUCUUCCUGUUUUAUGCAAUCUAAUUUCACACAGGACACAAAGUGCCUUUUUUUCACAAAGCAUUUUGCUAUUAAGUUAACUUUUCCUGGUAUUUAUCACCUGGAGUAAACCAGUAAACCACAGUGUAACAUAUUACCGCAUCAAACUUGUUAGGAUGCCUAAAACCUCACACAUUCUGACUUCUGCAUAUCAUAUGCCUGGAUGAACUGGACAUCCAGUUCUUCUGUGUGUCUUUUUGUUGUUUUUGUGAAAAGAGAGUAGCGCUGUUAUUGAGAACAGCUUAUGAAUGUAGCCUCAACUUUGCUUCUGUUUAUCUUCAUAUGAAGGGAGCACAUAAAAAAAUACAAGUGGAAAUUAAAGAUUCAGUUAAAAAUUAAAAUCUUUACUGUAAUAAUGCACACAUACAUUUGAUGGUAAUUGAUUUUAACUACAGUGCCUAAUCUCCCAUGUCUGAAAACAUAAACGCUUCUGUAUUUUCUCCAGUUUACAUUCAGUUGCUGUAUUUAUCGCCAGAUGCUGUAUUAAGUCAUCAUGAGAGAGGGACAACAUGAGAAUCUUUCUAUCUAUCUAUCUAUCUAUCUAUCUAUCUAUCUAUCGAUAUAUGCUUCUUCUAUAUAUAUCUGGAAGAAGCCUGUAAUAUUUAACCAGUGAAGGACAAACAAGAUGGUUGUAAACUCCCUCAGAAUGUAUGCAUGUGCUUCCUCAUUCAUCGACGUUAGUUAGGUUUUCUCAUUAUGUGUGCUCAAAGUCCAUGAGCUGUAAUUUCUUACAUUCAGGCAGUCACAGUUAGAGUGUUGUUUUAGGUGUUAAUGAAUAAAUGCAUCUAAUAGAAACGGGGUUAGGAAUUCCUUGAACCUCUCAGAAUAUGUCUUUGAUUCCACCUAGUGGUCAAAAACUAUUACCAAGUAAAAAUGUAAAAUAUAAUUUAUAUAAUUUCUGUUCUUUGUUUUGAACUUUAAACUUCUGCCUAGAUAUAACAAUAAGGUAUAAAAUACUUUUAUUUACAAACAAAUAAAACCCUACUUGCUUCAGUUUUGAUUGCCUAAAUUACAUUUUAUGUCUCUUAGAAAAAGAUACACAAGAUUAUCUUGGUUUUAUAACUAACUCUGUGGUUAAUGUACACUUAUUUAUACCAGGAUGCCGUUAUUAAAGGUUUUAUUAUCACA